GUUUGUGAAUGAGCAACACCGCAGAAUAUCUCGACGCAUGUCGCUGCGUUCGUUACCCCGUCUUCAUCCGCGAACGGGGACAGGAAGACAUCACCAACGCUCAUAAUAAGCCCACCACCAUUCUGGGCCAAGAACCAUGCAACGAGUUUCGAGCUUUCUCCCAUCCUGGGAAGCCAGGAGGAGGACCAGCAACGCCAGCACUACGAGCAACGGCCGAAGCAGUGUGGUCACCGCAAGCAGUAUCAAAUCUCCCCUCGACAAGGUCUUCCGCUGGUCCAGUAAGCCUCCCGCGCCGCUUACCACCAACGCCCUCGUCUCAGCGACAACGUCACGAAUUGGUCGGGAGGCUUUCUGGCCGGCUACUCUCGACGGUGAAUGCGAGCGCGCAGCUCGCAUAUUGAAGUCAUUUUGCUCCGACGGUUUCCUCGCGCCUUUGGACGAACAACCAAGCAGCGACGCCAACGCCGAACCGAAAACCCCAGCACGGAUUUUCAAAAAGAUCCCCCCACGUAUCCUACAAAAUGCAGCUGGCAUCGCCAUUUUCACUUGCAUGCGAUCUGGCCUAUGGAUGACCGGAUCAGGCGGUUCAGGCAUCCUUAUUGCUCGGAAAGCUGACGGCACCUGGUCGCCACCUUCGGGUAUCCUUCUCCACACGCCUUCAUUAAGCUUUAUUAUGGGCAUUGACAUUUACGACUGUGUCCUGGUAAUCAAUAACAUUGCCGCUCUCGAAUCAUUAAUAACUAAACCGACUCUCACAUUGGGCGAGGAUAUUGGCCUGACUGCUGGACCGCUGGUUCCGCUGGAAUCCACAGAAGUCGACAGCCGGUGGAAGGACCUCGACAACACCGUUUUGACAUAUAUGAAGGCGAGAGGACAGACUCAGACCGUCAACCUGAACGGCUGCAUCCUGACGGAACGAGCCAACGAGAAUGAGAGGUUCUACGGUGGCAACGUAACAGCGAUGGACGUAGUUGCAGGCAAUGUGUCGAGGCACGUGGAGGAGACACGCCCUUUGUUCGAAGUAAUCAAGGAGGCAGAAGGAAGGAUCGAUGCCGACCAAGCCAUCUUGAGGAAGCUUUCAGCAUUGCCAGCACCGGGAGACGCCAUGAUCGAAACGCCCCGGAGCUCGCCAGCAUCACCGAAGACUCCCUUCGGCAUUCCCAACACUGAGGACCCUGAUCCUUUCGGUGUCUUGGCUCUGGAGAUGGCAGGACUAGAGAUCCGAGAGGCUGGCACACGCCUCCGACCCACAAGCAACCAAUUUGAAUUCCACCCUGUUCCCUCCAGCCCAGCAUUUUCGAAGUUCAGGCAGAGCGGUGAAACCUUUACGACGAAGAGUAACCGAGGCAGCCUAAUGUCUACCAAGACCAGCCGCACCAAAAUGUCUGAGGCUUGGACACAGUCAAACCCGACCGGGACGCCAUUCACAUCGCCUAGCCAGAGCCAGAGCCAGAGCGAAGACGGCGCUUCCAUUAAUAGCCUCCCUGUUCUCAAGGAGCCGGAGGAGGAGCCUGAGGAGGUUGACUACACCAAGAUUGACUUCACCCCGUUGAGGCAAAUUAGCGGAAGCCACUCGAUAGAGGAAACUGUCAUGACUGACAGCGACGACCACCUGCGCACCGAUAUCAGCACUAUGGAUGACGCCGCUACCAAGGCUUCAAGCAUCUACACGAAAGACGAUGCCAGCGUAAUCUCCAGAAACGACGAGGAGCAGGAGGAUACCCGGAACGAUGAGCCAGACGCCGAUGCUGAUGACGAGGAGGAUGAGGAGGAAGACGAGGACUUUGAAGAGCCUGUCAUCUUUGAGGUUGCAGCCGUCCAGCCCGCUGCAGUCGUCAUGGCUGCUCCCAUCCACGCCAAGGGCGCUUUGGUUACCAUACCCAAGAGGAUUCCCCCGCCUCUUCCCGCUAGAAGCCCUAUGAGAACCUCUCGUGCUAGCAAGAGCGAUAUUGGCGAUGUCAGCCAUCUUCACAGCCCUAUGCAGGCCUCUUUCACUCUCUCGCCGAGACAGUCCAUCGACUCAUCCUCAAUCCGAAGCGGAAUGGACAACGUUCCGUCGAUCCAAGAGACGGCCCCUGACGUUUCCGAAGAGGAGAAGAUGAAGAAGACAGACUCUGUUGUGACCGAGAAGCAACACACAGAGGAUGUGCCUGCCCUUCAAACCCCUACAAUCAUGGAACCUGAGCAAGCGACGCCCAUGGCACCUGGAGCCUUCCCGGAUGAGGGAGAUUUCAUGAACCCCAUGGGUACGCCCCUGAGGGAAACUACAAGCUUCGAGUCGAGACACGCCACUCCCCAGACAGUCAAUGUCGCAUGAUACCAUUCACUUUCUUCUUGUUUAUUUCUAGUCUUUUCAGCGACACAGGCGCCGCGGCACCUUUUGGGGACCCUUCAGGUGUUCCUUUCAUCACUCAAGAUGUGUGUACCAGGCGUUUGGGACAUUUUGGGACUGGCAUCCUCGGUUAAGGAUACCAAACAGUUUAUACAUAACGACCAACUUUAUGACAGGCAAAAGGCGUUCAUGGAUGUACAGAACAGAGUGACCGGGAAAAGGAGGCACCAACAACACCAUACCAU